AUGGCUCUCUCACUCGGAAAUAAAAAACCAACUGAAUUAAAAGGCAUCGAAUUAUUGAGGAACCCAUUUUAUAAUAAGGGUUUAAGCUUUACUAUGGAAGAAAGAAGAGAAUAUGGUCUUGAAGGCUUACUUCCCGGAAAAUAUGAGACUAUUGACGAGCAAGUUUCUAGACUUUGGAACUCAAUUAAUAAGAUAGAUUCAAAUAUUGGCAAGUAUACUUUUCUUGAAAAUAUUAGAAGUUCAUCUUUUAUUCUUUUCCAUUCUCUUCUAGAUAAAUAUUUCAAAGAUUUAGCUCCUUUGGUAUAUACACCUACUGUUGGUGAAGGAUGCAUAGAGUUUUCAAGGAAUCCAACAAUUAGAAAUUGGCUAGGUUCUGGAUUAUAUUUAAAUAAAUUUCAUAAGGGGCGCAUUUAUGAAAUUUUAAAAGGUUUUAAUAACGAUAGCAUUGAAGUGAUUGUACUAACUGAUGGUGGGAGAAUCUUGGGAUUAGGUGAUCUUGGCCUUAAUGGAAUGGGUAUUCCUAUGGGAAAAUUAUCGUUAUAUAUUACACUGGGAGGAAUUGACCCUUCAAAGGUAUUGCCUAUUUCUUUAGAUAUCGGUACAAAUACCGAAGAUAUUUUAAAUGAUAAGUAUUAUUUAGGUAUUUGUGAAAGGAGGAUUGAUAAUGAAGAGUAUUUCUCCUUGAUGGAUGAAAUUACCAAGGCCAUUUUUAAAAGGUGGCCAAAAACUGUUCUUCAGUGGGAAGAUCUUACGACUUCCAGAGCCAUUGAUAUUUUGAAUAUCUACCAAAAUCAAUUCCGUUGUUUUAAUGAUGAUAUUCAAGGUACUGCAAGUAUUGUUUUGGCAGGAAUAAUUAGUGCACUAAAAAUUGCUGGGAAAAGUUUCGAAGACCAAAGAAUUCUCAUCUGUGGAGCGGGGUCCGCAUCAAUUGGUAUUGUUAAUUUAAUCAUUAAGUCAAUGGAAAUUAAGGGAAUUCCUUAUGAAAACGCAUUGGAAAAGUUCUGGCUUGUUGAUUCUAAAGGAUUGAUAACCAAUACAAGAGAUCUAAAUAGCUUAGACAAAUUUAAAAUACCAUUCAUUAGAAAAAACAUCGACAAGAGUAUUACUGACCUAUUAGAAAUUGUUGAUUUGAUCAAACCGACCAUUUUAUUGGGUGUUUCUGGCCAGGGAGGAAUUUUUAAUGAAAAAGUAGUCAAAACUAUGGCAUCUUAUGUUGAAAGACCUAUAAUUUUUGCUCUUAGUAAUCCUACUAAUAGAGCAGAAUGUAUUGCUUCUGAUGCAUAUAAAUGGACGAAUGGUAAAGUUAUAUUUGCUAGUGGAAGUCCAAUGCACUCUGUUGAAGCGAAUAACGGUACUAAAUUUAUUCCAUCGCAAUGUAACAAUAUGUAUGUGUUCCCUGGAAUUGGCCUUGCUGCUCAAAUUGCUCAGCUUAGCCACAUCCCAGAUAUUUGUUUUAUUGAGGCAGCAUACUCAGUUUCUAAUUCUAUUCAAACUGAUUCCGAUUCUAAUAUUUUAUUCCCUCCGCUAACUGCUCCAGUUGGUAGAGAAAUAUCUGCAUCUAUUGCUGCUGAUAUCAUCCUUAAAGUAAAAGAGAUGAAUAUCAUCAAUAAAAGUGCAUGCCCAGAUUUACCUUUAGAUAAUAGGGAAAACAUCCUCAAUUAUAUUAAAGAUAGAAUGUGGCUUCCUUAUUAA